ACCACUGAAUCGUAACUAAACACGCCCUUUUCAACAUACAGGUAGAUAUGGAUACAGAGAUGCAUUCCACCCCAAUGCCAACAAUGCGAUCGGCCAUCACUGUGCCUCGCCUUGGGGUUAUUCCAACAGCGACGCCCCGUACAUCAGCCGCAACCGCACCGUCAACCACCGCUCGUAGCGGUACACGAGCAUCUGCAGCCGUUCCGUCUCCUCCAGAGGCGCCCUAUCUCAUCCGAUGCCCCCUUUGUCGACGUCCACACAAACUGCAGCACUGUGGUCUCUUCAAAGGCAUGACGCCGACACAACGCCAGCAAAUUGCCCAGGCGCACGGGUAUUGUCACAAUUGUCUGGCACAUACACACACGACGCAGGAAUGCGACUCCGGGGCUUUGUGCCAAAUGUGUGAAGGCAGCAUCACACGUUGCUUCAUCGUACCCCGAGGCGAGAGGUCAGUCGGCAGCCUGCCACACGAAUCCGUGGCGCAAACCGACCGCAGCAAACCAAUCGUGUGGCACGUCGCUGAAGAACGGUACCCCGAUCUGAGUCCCGUCCAUGGCGUCAGCAAAACAUCGCACCUACUAGGCGUAGGCCGAACUAUCGCCGCACGUCCGGACUCAGCAACGUUGUAGCAACGUUGCAACAGUUACAGCGACUGCUAGGCUGAACAUUCGCCUAGGGGGGCCGGGAUGGUCAAACGGGUUAAGAUUACCGCCCCGAAGAACUCAAACACACCACACACAAGACAACACUGGCACACACACCACACCUGGAAACCCCAGAACACCCACAUACCACACACAACUCAUCAUACAGCUGCACACACACCGACUAGGACCUCUAUACAACACAAAGUACAAAAAUAUCUGUCCUCGAAGCGGACAGCCCCUUCUCUCAGCGACUGUCGACUAAAAAACACCGAACUUUGCUUUGGCGCGCGAGUAACCUCAUUUUCUUGGCUCGUUUUUUAUCAUUUAUAAUUUUUAUAUUCUUUUAUUACCUCUCCACUGGUAUGCGACGAGGGAGUGCUUGCGUCAAGAUAAUCUUU